AUGCCGCCGCCUCACCUGAGGACUCUGGAGCGGCUGCACCCAGGCGUCGACGCCCUCCUGAGCCGCCCCCCGUCACCAGCCGGCCCGGAACGGGCCCAGGCUGAGCGAACCUCCUCUCUGGCCAGCCUUGGCCCUGCCACUCUUCCGGGAGACGUGGAAGGGCGACGAGGACCCCAAAACAGAGUGGCUUACGACCUGCCUGAGCGGCGGAGAGGAGAGCAUCCACCCGCAGGCCGCUCAGGCGGCGGCGCCGACAACUGCGGGGCCCUCGCUCCUGGCCACGCCUCUUCCGCUUGCGGCGAGUCAAGCCUCGAGCCGAGCCUGGAUGCGUGUGACGCGGAUGCAUGCCACGCCUACCAGAUUGUUCACCGCAAUGGGAUUCCCGACGAGCAGAUCAUUGUGAUGAUGUACGACGACAUUGCCAACCAUGGAGACAAUCCCACUCCAGGUAUUGUGAUCAACAGGCCCAAUGGCACGGAUGUGUAUCAGGGCGUCCUAAAGGACUACACCAAUGAGGAUGUCACCCCGGAAAACUUCCUUGCUGUGUUGCGAGGCGAUGCGGAAGCGGUGAAGGGCAAAGGCUCUGGAAAGGUCUUGAAGAGUGGCCCGCGGGAUCAUGUGUUCGUGUACUUCACCGACCACGGGGCUCCUGGGUUAUUGGCUUUUCCUAAUGAUGACCUUUACGUGAAGAACCUGAGUAAGACCAUCCGUUACAUGUAUAAGCACAAGAUGUACCAGAAGAUGGUGUUCUACAUUGAAGCCUGUGAGUCUGGGUCCAUGAUGAGACACCUGCCUGAUGACAUCAACGUUUAUGCAACUACUGCUGCCAACCCCAGAGAGUCAUCCUAUGCCUGCUACUAUGAUGAGGAGAGGGGCACGUACCUGGGGGACUGGUACAGCGUCAACUGGAUGGAAGACUCGGACGUGGAGGACUUGACGAAGGAGACCCUCCACAAGCAGUACGAGCUGGUCAAGGCCCACACCAACACCAGCCACGUCAUGCAGUAUGGAAACAAAUCCAUCGCUGCCAUGAAGCUGAUGCAGUUUCAGGGAACCAGACACAAAGCCAGCUCUCCCAUCUCUCUGCCUCCAGUCAAGCACCUGGACCUCACCCCCAGCCCUGAGGUGCCCCUUGCGAUCAUGAAGCGGAGGCUCGUGGCCACCAAUGACCUGCAGGAGUCUAGGGACCUCCUCGAGAAGAUCAGCAGGCAUCUUGAGUACGAGUAUGCUUUGCGACAUCUGUAUGUGCUGGUCAACCUUUGUGAAAACCGUUAUCCCAUUGACAGGAUCAAACUGGCCAUGGAUAAGGUGUGCCUCGGUUACUACUGA